AUGGCAGUGUUGGAGACCAAACCAGAGAAUCCAGAGAAAGCUAUCUCUGUUCUUGAAACCGAUCUUGAAGUGGACUUUGCACCCCCGGUUGGGUAUGAAGAACCUAAGCGGCCCAGUGGCACUUCUACCCCAUCUAGUUUGGCCAGUGCAGGCCUGCCCCAUGGCGGCAUGCUGCAUCCACAUGGCACAAUGGCCCAAUCGAUUAAUUAUACCGCUAUUGCCCCAGAGUCCACGGAUCCAGCACGGGGAGCAAAAGCUGUAUCCUCCAACUUCCUCCACGGCGGGCAGCGGCUGAACGCGAAGAAAGGCAGCAAACAGCCUACCCCCAAGGCAUCGACCCCAGUAUCAGGAGCGUCUACAAACCUGCCAACACCUGGCCCUACUCGUCGGGCAAAUGGUCCACAGCCACUCCGAUUGCCUCCAGGAAAGCUCUUUUUCGGCUACGCCAUUAAACCUGUUAAGAAAAGCGACGUAGGGGGGAAGGAAGACGGCAAAGAGCAGACUAAAUUCUUGGGUGCUGGGCAAUCAUUGCGAGGGACGAAGAAAAAAUAA